CUUGAUUUUGUUUAAUUAUAUUUUCAUUAAAAAAAAAUAAUAAUUUACUGUUAAAAAUGUUGUUUUUAAUUUUUAUACUGUUUUAUAUUAAAUCUGUUAUUGCAACGUUUGGUAAUGAUACAGUUUGUUACAACGAAUUGGGAUGUUUUGAUAAUAAUUAUCCUUGGUUUCAAAUUCUUCGACCUUUUCCAAUGCCUGAUAGUCCCCAGGAAGUAAACACGACAUUUUAUUUUUCCAACAGAGAGACUAACAAAAGUUAUGUUGAAACAUGGCCAAAUAUAAAAAUGAAUGUUCAAUUUAAUGCAUCGAAACCAACGUAUUUUAUAACACACGGUUAUUCAAGUGACACAAAUAAUAACUGGUUUAAAAAUUUAACAGAAGCAAUAUUAUAUCAAAAAGAUGCAAAUCUUUUUAGUGUCGAUUGGUCAAAAGGUUCAUCAGGUUUUUACUUCAGUGCUUCAUCAAAUACUCGAAUUGUUGCUGCUGAAAUAUCAAGGGUGAUUCGUUAUCUUAUGAUAAAUAAUGCUGCUGAUAUUUCAAAGUUUCAUUUAAUGGGUCAUAGUCUGGGUUCUCAUGUUAUGUCAUACGUUGGAAAAAACAUAAGUGGAAUAAACAGAAUAACAGCAAUGGAUCCAGCACAGCCUGGUUUUCAAGGAAGAAAUUCUAAAAUAAGACUUGAUGAUACUGAUGCUAAUUUUAUUGAUGUUUUGCAUACAGAUGGAAAACCAUUUUUGCCAUUUUUAGGUUUUGGAAUAACAAAAAGUGUUGGAACUGUUGAUUUUUAUUUAAACGGUGGAUUAUUUCAGCCAAAUUGUGUUGUAGAUGGUGAAAAUUUUAUGUACAAAUCAUUUUAUGAUGUUCCAAAUAUAACUCUUGCAAUUUUAUAUAACUUGGCAACAUGCAGUCAUUCACGUGCACCAAGAUACAUGGCAGCAGCAAUUAGAGAAAAUUGUAAUAUGUGGGGAUAUCGAUAUGAUGCUGAAUCAUCUAAUUUACGUUACGAAAAAUUUAUAAUAAAAGACUCAUGUAAUGCUGACACUUGCAGUAAAAUCGGUCUUGAUACUGAUGAAUAUCCAGCAACUGGUAAUUUUGCAAUGAUGACAUCUGGAAUUUAUCCAUUUUGUCUUAAUGACACAGAUGCCAACAAUAAAAUGUCACGAGUAUUAACAACAAAAAAACAACAAUUAAAUUAAUUAUACAUUUUUUUUUUUCUUUUGUUUUUAACAUCGAGUGUUUUGUACUUUUUAAUUAUUGACAGUAAAUAUUAUACACUCUCGUUAAUAUAAUUAUAAUAAUUUUUUAAAAAAUCAUAAAUAUCACUUUUAACUAAUUUUUUUUUUUUUUCUUUCAAUUUACUUUCUUGAUUAUGUGUAUAAAUAUAAUUAAAAAAUAAUGAAUCUCUAAUUGUGAUAGUAACUACAUUUAAAAAAAAAAAAAAAAAAAAAAUUGUUUGCAAUCAGAUCUUGUUGAAUAAUUAAAAGUUAAUCUGUAAAUAUCAUUAAUUUAAAAAAUAAUAUAUGAAUAAAAAAAUAUACAUGUUGUUAAAAUAAAAAA